CGUAGCUGUUGACUUUUGAGGUCCUCUUCGCCUUUGCCACCCUUUGGCGGCCACGGAAUCAGGGUUUCUUCUGCAAAUAAUUAGUUUAGUCUGCAACCAGUGAUGCGAAGAGCAGGGGCCAAAUAAAAGUACCUCUGUUUUUCCUCCGUCACUUUCUUCUCUGCAAGCUUUAGCAGCUAGCGAAGUCUGUUUGCCUAUACAUUUGUAUCGCGAUCUGAAGGUUUCAUUCAUUCCGCAGCCAUGAAGUUCUUGAAAAAGGCGUCUGAUGCCAUCACAGGGGUUCUGGAGCGAUUUUUUUACCGAGUGGGCUAUGGCGUCGGCUCCUAUCCGAUCCAAACCCUGGUUAUCACCACCCUUCUCUCUGGUGCCUGUCUGGCAGGCCUGUUGCGGUUUCAACAAGAGGCUCGCGGAGAAAAGCUAUGGGUGCCACAAGACUCUGAAGUUAUACGAGAGAUGGAAACGGUCAAUAAGUUCUACCCGGCGGCAUUCGCGCUGAUGAAUAUGAUCUGGACUCGCGUGCCAAGUGACACACAUGCCGGGGUCCUGGAGGCUGAGAACAUCCGCCAGUUGUAUACCAUUCACAUGGAUGUUCUCAGCAUCAAUGCUAGCUACGAUGGGCGUGACUGGACAUGGGAUGACCUGGCCUACCGGCGCUCCGAUGGUGGUAACGCUUGGAUCAGCAGCAUCCUGUCCCUGUGGAGCUUCGAUGGUGAUGUUAUCGGUAAUCUCACCACAGCUAACAUUUUGACCAGGAUCAAUGAGCCCAACCUUUUUGAUCCCUGGAAUGGCGGUCUAUUCCAGCUGAACCGCCUGAUCAGUGGUAUUCAACGCAACACGGCAGGCAACAUUACUGGGGCAGCGGCCGCUAAGGCAACAUAUCGCAUCAUAUCCAACCUCACAUUCGAUAGCUCUUCCGGACAGGAGGUAGACAAACGCUCAGACGCAUGGUCAAUGCUAUUUGAGGACAUUGGCCGCCGCACCUGGUCUGAGUUUACAGAAUCGACUGUCUUUACUCAAUGGGGGCUUGGAGAGGAGUCAUCCAGGGCCAUCAAUGGUGACGUUCGUCUGCUGUCCAUUGGAUACGGUUUGAUUUUUUUUUACGUCUUUCUCAACCUGGGUAGUUAUAGCCGACUCGACCAUAAAAUUUGGCUGUCUCUAGGCGGCAUUGUUAGCACUGGCUUGGCAAUUGGCAUAUCGUUUGGCCUCUGUAGUGCCUUCGGACUGUUCUAUGGGCCUGUCCACUCUGUGCUGCCCUUCCUGCUGCUCGGUAUUGGAGUGGACGACAUGUUUGUUAUAGUCCAGGUGUGGCGGCAGAUGUCCAAUAAAGAGCAUGCUACGAAAACUGUUCCAGAGCGAUUGGGUACCUGUCUGCAAUGUGCUGGCGUCUCGGUGACCGUUACAUCCUUCACUGAUUUUGCUGCUUUUAUGAUCGGUGCAACAACGAUCUUGCCUGCUCUUCAGUCCUUCUGCAUCUUUGCUGGCGUUGGCGUAUUGUUUGAUUUCCUCACUCAAAUCACGUUCUUUUCUGCAUGCUUGGCAAUUGAUGCCAGACGAGUUGAUAAGAGACAUGAUGCAUGCUUGUUCUGCAUGCGGCUUCCUGACGAUUGGAAACCGCUGAACAUCAAGGGGAAAUGGCUGUUCCGGUACUUCCGCGACUACCAUGCCAAGUACCUUGCCAAAUUGCCAGUGAAGAUUGCAGCUCUUGUCAUCACAAUAGGCAUGGCGGUGUUUGGUGCCGUGUCCGCCAGUCAGAUUGACAUUCACUUUGACUUCUUCUGGUUCCUCCCGCCUGGUUCCUACGUCCUGGACUACAACCGCUUGUCAGAUCAAUACUUUGCAUCGUCAAGGGUCCCCUUCACCAUGUAUUUGACAUCCACAAACUACCCAAGCCCAGGCGUCCAGUCUCAGUUGAACUCAUUCAUCAACAACACUCGCAACAAUGCCUUUGUCGACAGCAAUGUUCCUGUCGACACCUGGCUCGAAGGCCUCCAGAGGUGGCCGAACGCCACCAACUUGACGGGCAGUGACAACUUCUACCCUGCGCUGACGUCGUAUGUUAGUGAUGCGGGAGCGCGCUUUGCCUCUGCAUUGAACAUCAGUAAUGAAGGUGGCACGACGCAGAUGCUGGCCAGUUCCUUUGCUGCCAAUUUCAUCUCGCUGCCACAUACUCGUGAUGAGAUAUCCGCCAUGGAUUCUGUGCGCGACUUGGCAGAGUCGCAGACGUUUGACGGCGGGGUGAAGCCGUUUGCGUACACUCGCCUCUUCUUGCCGUGGACAACUAAUAAGGUCAUUGAUCAGGAGCUGGUACGCAAUCUUUUGCUGGCCAUGGCUGCGGUGUUCGUUGUGACGUUGCUGCUCAUCACCAACCUGCUGGUUUCCUUCUAUGUGCUGCUCUGUGUUGUCUUUACAGUGGUGGACACGUUCAUGGUGAUGCACUACUGGGACCUGACCAUAAACACCGUUACGGCUGUAAUCAUCAUCCUCUCCAUCGGUCUAGGCGUCGACUACUCAGCCCACAUCGGCCACUUCUAUAUUUCAAGCCCGCUAAAGACACGCGCGGAGCGGGUGGAUGCCGCCCUGACCAAUGUUGGCGUGGCUGUCUUCAGUGGCGGCUUCAGCACAUUCCUGGCGUUUGUUCUGCUGGCGCUGUCCGACUCUUAUAUCUUCACCGCCUUCUUCAAGAUCAAUCUGGCUGUUGUCAUCUUUGGCCUCUGGCAUGGUCUGGUCUUCCUCCCCGUCACAUUGAGUUUGAUUGGGCCGUCAGCUAGCCAUGCAGUCUCCGCUUUACCGGAGGACAAGAAGGACAUUGAAAUGGAAGAGGUGAAGGGCCCGGAGCGUGUUCCAGAAAGCGUAGACGGCAAGGCAGAAACGUCCGCUUGGGAAAAGCCGACGGCGAAUGGCACUGAAACAUACGGUCAUGAUGACGAUCGCAUACCCGAAGUUGUUUAGCUCAGCUUUGUUUCGUUUUUCAACUAUGCUAGGUCCUGAGCCGGCCGUAGGUGCUGCACUGUGCAUUGACUACCCCCUCCCCCCACCUUGUACAUGAGAGCACUGCCAGUUAUUAUGGAAGCUAAUGAUAACUUAUACACACUUUGAACAGAGCUUGAUAUGUGGCUGUUGGCAUUGGCAGUGCCAUUUUCGUUUGUUCGUCUUGAUAUUCCCAAUCCACGAACUACUAUGCCACAUACUGUUUUGGCUUGUCCGAUCUCUAAUAUUUUUAUGUCUAUCAAAAGCCUUGUCUCAGAUGGAUUAAAUUAUUAAUUUUGUUUGGUUUUCCUCAUUUUACACAGAGGUUUUCACAAGCCUAGUCUCAGAUGGAUUCUUUUAUUCGUUUGGUUUUCCUCGUUUUACGCCGAGCUUUUCUGAAUACAUAUAACGUUAGCUACAAUGAUGUGCCAUAAUAGAGCGUUCAGUUGCUGCUGCUUCAUAGUGGCCAUGAUAUAGAUUCAGUCUAUUGUUCAGAUUGGCAAGUACUCAUACUCAGCCCAAGAAGAUUGAAUUCCUGAAGAUUAGUCCAGAUCUACAAAACUACAAAGUACUAGUAUGUGUACCUGCUCUGUCACUCUACUGUAAACAGUGCUACUGCCAUCAGCGUGCAUGACGGCGGCUCUUUUUCUUUCCCUGUUGGUGUCUCUUUAUCUAGUCGUGUAGCUUGCCCAUGCGCUA